AUGGGACCUCUCAAACCAAGAUCGGAAGCGCCCAAGGCACUGUCUCUGCCCAUGAGUAGUUCCUCUCACCAUGCGUCGUCGCCGUCUGGCAUUUCCUCGCCGUUUGCGGGACAGCUCUCGGCAGACGCAAUUGGCGCGCAAUCUCAAUCGCAGUCGGCAAUGACAAGACAAGGGUCUGCGAGUGGAGAAGAGGAGCACCUGUCCGAAAGAUUAGCAGCGCGGGCCCCUCGACCAGAAAGCGGCAGGAUACCCAGCGCAUCAACGAGCACGUCUAUCCCCACGCUCAAGAGUCAGCUGCCUCGAGGACAAGAGCAGAGACCUUUCUUCGCUUCUGCGAAUCAGGCAGUCUCCGCCGAUCGGAGGCAGUCUGACAGAGGGCCAGACACAGCUCCGGAUUACUUCGCAAUGUCAGCGACAGCAGUGCCGGCAAGCGCCACUGCGAAUGAGCAGUCAGGUUUGGUGCCACCCACGCCUGCUGGCGCAGCCAGGCCGUCGCACCCUUGGGCAUCUUUCUUGCCAAGUCAUGUCCCACAGACGCCGGGUGGCGUAACUCCCUUGGUGGUGCCCCCAGCAUCAUCCUCUGUCGGCUUCUUCGAGCAGCCAACGAAUAUGAAAACACAGAAGACCCCUCGUGCAGACGAGCUGGGAGCAUCGUCUUCCAGCGGCGCCACAGACGGUGGAACGACUCCGACUCUGCGCUUUCCCUCCGCAGCGCCCCUCAACUCACCUGCUGCGUCAGGUCCCAUCUCCGGAGCAAUCGGUGCCAGCGGCGAGCGCAGGACUGGCAAGUUAUCUGGAGCCUCGGCCUCUUCAGCGCGGACAGCUGCCUCUGCAGCUUCCUCCAUUCCUGCAGCGGACUUGACGCGAUUUACGGCUUUAGAUGCUUCGACUUUGGUAGAGCUCCUCAACGGAGGCGCUGGCGAAGUCGACGUCGAGCGCUCGCCGAGAGAGUCAAAUCCCACGAGCAAAGCUCGUCUGCGGCGGAGUUCGCGGAGCAGCUCUCCGGGUGGCGCGUCGUCCGCGUCUUCCACCACCGAUGGCGACGACGGUUCUACAUCUACGCUCAUUCUUGACAUUCGGCCUUCAACGUCUUUCAACUCGGCGAGGAUAGCUCGAAGUGUGAACGUCUGUGCUCCUUCCACGCUGCUCAAAAGACCGGCCAUGACAGUGGACCGCAUCGAGUCGGAAAUGCUCGGUUCCUCUCAGGACGCCAAGCGUUUCAAGCGGUGGCGGAAGGGUGUUCGCAAGUCUUCGCCCGAAGCGAUCAAUCAUGGAAGCGUGAGCGACGAUGAUAUUGAGGAGCCAGAUCGACCGCUGCGGCGCAUCGUGGUUGUUGAUACGGACACUCGCAGUCUAGGAGAAGCUGGUCGGCCUAAUACCGGUGGCGGCGGUGCAUGCUUGACUGGUCUUCUACGCAAGUUCGAUGCAGCAGGAUUCCAAGGAGAUUUAUGCUGGCUAGUCGGUGGCUUCACUGGCUUUGCCCAUACCGUCGGGCAGAGCAAGCAGGAGGACCACCGAGCUCUAUUGGAGAAUCGACCUCUUCGAGCUGAGUCAGCGACACCUGUCAAGAAAGCCCCUCCGCGCCUGGAGGGUCUGAUUCCCCCCGACGCUGAACGGACACGACGCUCUUCCGUGCCUCGUCUCCCCAGCGACAGCAGCAACGCUCAGCGCAGUCCUGAUUAUGGUGACGAGCAGCGACACUCGCUGGUGCAGCCUCGAGGGUUGCCUGCCGAAGCCUUCACCACUCGGAGUCUUGCUGGAUCUUGGAACAACGAGGCUGGUCAAAGGAGGAUGAGGGGCAUUGAAGCUUCGCAUUCGCAACCGGCUCAGCUCGGCGUGAAUCAAGGACAACGGCAACCUCAGGCUGUAAGUCGAGCAUACGUUGAACGCGGCUGCCAUAGGGCUUAGCUGACACGAAUUUGCAUUUUGGCCUCGUAGUCUGCCAAUCCGUUCUUCGACAACAUACGGCAGAAUCGGGAACUGGCUCAUGGUGUCACUGAGACUGUGCCGUUGGAUAUCCCACGUCUUUCUUCGGCUCAGCGAGACGCACUGCCGCCGUUCUUGCAACACCUGGCAGACCUCGACCCCAAAACGAGAGAACAAAAGUUGGCUGAGGACUUCUUCAACGUGGAGCGGGAUGAGCAGCAGCGACUUAUGCAGACCAUGCGGAAGCACGCUGCUGAAAGCUCAGUGGAUCCACGCAGUGCCGACGAUUCGCACUCUGGGGCAGAUUCUGUGGGGCCGUCAGGUCAGCAACCGAAAGAUCUGCCUGCCGCUCAAAGGCUGGCCUCACGACAUAGUGCUGUUUCUGGAGCCACUCCUCAUUACUUUCCCUUCAGCAUUGCAGCCGCUCUCGAGAGAGGCGCUGAAAACAGGUACAACAAUAUCUGGACCUACGAGCACAGUCGUGUGCGCGUAAGCGAGCCUCCAGCGGGGUGCACCGACUAUCUCAACGCCAGCUUCGUUGAACCUCUAAAUCGUUUCGGGAGUAGGAGACGAUACAUUGCCACUCAAGCACCACUGCCCAGCACCUUUGAAACCUUUUGGCUGGCUCUGUGGGAACAAAAUGUUCAUGUCAUUGCGAUGCUCACUCGGGAGCACGAGGCGGGCAGGGUACAGAGUCAUAUGUACUGGGGCAGCCAGCAUUACGGCUCGCAGCUCGAGGUUCGCUUGGUGUUUGAGGAAGCUCUCGAUGAGAAAGGCAAAUCGCUUGGGCCGCCUGCCAGCACUAACGACUGCAAGACAGAAGACGACAAGAAGGGCGGAAACCUGUUUCCUUCCAUGCACUCGGCGCAAGAGGACGCCGAAAAGGUGCACAUCAUCCGAAGGAUCCUUGAGCUCCAUCACCACGGUCGUAGUGAAAAGCGGGUCCUCACACAUCUGCAAUACGUGGCUUGGCCCGACUACCACAUUCCCGAGUCGCCGACUGGUCUGUUGAUCUUCAUGGAGCUCGCCGCGUCUGCUCAAAAUAUGCAGGAUAACGUUGGUCCCCUUCUCGUACACUGUUCUGCUGGAGUUGGCAGAACAGGGACUUAUAUUGUCAUAGAUUCGGUGCUCGAUGUGCUGCGUCGGAGGCGCCCUGAAGCAGCAGGCAAGGCGCCUCUGCCAGCGUGGCAAAAUCGCGCUGAUGCUGGCUCUACUGGCCUGCACACCAACAGCUCGUCUUCCAGUGGAAGCACGUAUGGAAACAUCGUCGGCCGCGAUGGCGACUACUUUUCCUCGAAACGUGUGCCGCGCAAAUCACUCAAGCGGGAGCUUUCACCCUCAGACAUGGACGUUGAUCAGGCUGCGGAAUCGGUCACUUCCAACGGCGAACGUCGAAGUGAUCUUUCGAGCCCGCCACCCAUGCGCCGAUCUCGCUCGGACGCCGACAGCGUGGAGAGCGAAGCUCAUUCCAUAUCGGGCCUGAGCAGCUCUGGCGGUCCCAGCAGCAGCAGCAGCAGCAGCUCCUCUGCAGGCAGCGCUGCAGGAGCCAGUUUCCUUGCCAUGACACCGGACGCUUCAAGGAGACCGAGCGAAGCCCAAAGUGGCAUGGACACGCCUUCCAGAGCUAUGCGCAGCCUUCACAUUGCUGUAGAUUCAUCGUCCUCGGCUUCCCCUGGCCCCAAUAACUUGCUUCGGUCCGCCGCGCAAGCAUCCGCCUCACAAUCACACUCCAACGAUCCGUUCAACGAAGCAAGUUCAAGUCCCAACCCUUUCUCCACGCAAUCAGUCCGACACUCGAAUGUAGAGGCAGCUUCAACUUCGCCCAAGUCAAACUCGUUCGUCUUACCUGAUUCCGCCAGUCAAGACUCCAUUGCCACAACAGAUUCUCAAACCUCAGACGCCGCGAUCGGCGAGACGGAUCUCAUCCAAAGCGCUGUUGGCGUGGUUCGAGAGCAACGGAUGAGCUCGGUGCAGACCACUCGGCAAUUCGUCUUCACCUACUCUGCCGUGCUCGCCGGCUUGCUCCGAGAACUCGACGCCGAAGCCGCUUCAUGA